UUGGUGUGUCUGGGCCAUUACUAAUAGAGCCUUGUAAACAAUCGUUAAUCAUGUAAGGACUGCCGGCCAUUGGAUUCGGACCGGGAGAGCGGAGGAGCGCGGAGCGCAGCGCGGGGCCGCGGCCCCUCCGCCUGCCCCCUCCCCGCCCCGGGCAGCCCGGCCCCAGGCAGCAGCAGGCGCGCCGCGGCGAGAGCCCCGAGCAGCAUGUGGAGAGCCGCCGCCGGGGCCCCGCCAGCAUGUACGUGAGCUACCUCUUGGAGAAGGACGGGCCCAUGUACCCUGGCCCGGUGCGGCACUCGGGGGGGCUUAACCUGGCGGCGCAGAACUUCGUUGGUGCCCCGCAGUACGCGGACUACGGCGGGUACCAUGUGAACCUCGACGGCGCCCAGUCCCCGGGGCCCGCCUGGCCCGCGCCCUACGCCGCCCCGCUCCGCGACGACUGGGGCACCUAUGGCCAAGGGGCACCGCCGGCCGCCGGCGCCGUCCACGGCCUCAACGGGGGCUCCCCCGCCGCCCCCAUGGCCUACAGCCCCGCCGACUACCACCACCACCACCACCACCCGCACGCCCACCACCACGCCGGCCCCGCGCCCCACUGCUCCGCCGGGGUCAUGCAGCCCCUCAACGCCGCCAGCGCCGCCGCCAGCGCCGCCCCCGAGCCGCUCUCCCCCGGUGGGCAGCGCCGCGGCCUCUGCGAGUGGAUGAGGAAGCCGGCGCAGCCCCCGCUCAGCAGCCAGGUUAAAACCAGGACGAAAGACAAGUACCGCGUCGUGUACACCGACCACCAGCGGCUGGAGCUGGAGAAGGAGUUUCACUACAGCCGCUACAUCACCAUCAGGAGAAAAGCGGAGCUGGCCUCCAACCUGGGGCUGUCGGAGAGGCAGGUGAAAAUCUGGUUCCAGAACAGGCGGGCGAAGGAGAGGAAGAUCAACAAGAAGAAGCUGCAGCAGGCGCAGCCCGGCGGCGCGGAGCCCCUCAGCCCCAGCGCCUCCUUGCAGGGUGCGGCGGCGGGGGCGGCCACCGCCGGGCUGGGCCCCGCCGCCCCGCAGUGACAGCGGCCGGGGACAGCGGCACAGGGACUGCUGGAGGGCGCAGCGGAUCGGGCCGGGCCGGGGGCACGGCGGGAGCGGCCCCCCGAUGCACUACACCGCCCCGCGGGGCCGGCCGUGUGUACAGGUGUACAGUGUAUGUGUCUCGUCGUCCGGGGGAAGCGUGCCCAUCACUUUAUUAAUAUUAUUAUUAUGUUUGGGUGGGUUUUUUUACCCUGGAAUUUGUUAGAUAAAGUGGGGGCGCUGCCUGCCAGUCAACCCCCGGUAUAUCUCAGGGAUCGGUCCAAAAGACCUUUGCAAUGUUGUUGGGCUAAUGAUGAAUUUUAGCAGGAAAAAAAUUAAAGCACAUUUUUUUUUAUUUUAUAUUUUAUUUUAUUUUCUUAUUGCAACCAUGAAUAUGCAAAAUGUUCAUUCUGCCCUGAGGGUCAGAGCAGACAAGAUAAGGCACUGUUUAAACGUCCAGAAGUGAAUUGCUUAAUGUUAGGCACUUGUAAAAGAGCCCAUAAAUCCAGUGCAGAUAGUCAUCCGUCCAGAUUUAUUAGCUGCAGUGAAGAGAAAUUGAAAGAAUUUAGUCUCUUCUGAAAAAGGUGUCCUGUCAUGCUGAAGUGAGAAGCCUUGUUUGCAUGGGCAAUGUCCCUUUGGUUAAACUGUGUGCUGUUUCUCACAUCCUUACAAUUUCUGUCUGCGGGGAGGUGGGAGGGGCUGUCUCAGUUGAUUUUCCAAAGUUCCUUUGAUUUUAUCAGCUUUAUGUAGGCAUCAUCACAGCUCCAUCAGAAGCAGAAAUCCUUGGAAGAGCCCAGUGCUCUAUCAGAGCCUACUUUGCACAGGUUGUGGCCCAUUUCCACAGGCUGGCUAGAUGGAGGGGAUCAGGGUAGAGAGGCCAAAAGGCUCACUUAGGCAGAGAUGAAAACUAGAAAUGUCCAGCUGAUUUGGCUGAAUCACCCUGGCUGUUUGUCACAUGUACUUCUUAUUUCAAGACAGGAGAAGUCCAGCUGUGAAUUGAGGCCAGGCUGGAGCAGCCACGCUGCAGUCAGUGCCCUUGGCUGGGUGUGGAGCCAGCUCAUGUGGGCCUGGGCCCAGCAGGGAUGAUGGGAGCACUGUCCAGCCCCAAACAUCUUAUGUGGAUUAUUGACUUCCCCAGGAUUUAGCCCCAUGCUGUUCAGUUUUGGUCAUCAAGUUUAUUUAAGUUAUUCCAUUUGCCUUCUUUUGGUUUCUUCCUUGUUGAAGCUUUUCUUAUCUUUUUGCUAAAAGCCAAAGCCAGAUACUAGCAGCAUCUACAGAACUGCCUGGGGAGAAUGGUCUGGUCAAGCACUGACCCUCCUGAGAAGUCAGCUCUCUCUGCCUGAGGGAACUUGGGGAAAUGGAAAUCCCCAGCCCCAAAGCCUCUGCACUGCAUUUUGUCUGCAUGUAGCUCCAUGCCUUGCAGGGCCAGGGCUAGCAGUACAAGAGGGGACAUGUGGCCAUAAAAACAUGAUCCAGGGUUCCUGUUCCUGGGAGAAGACCAUGGUGGGAGGCAGCAGCUCCAGUCCAAGGAACCUGCUUGAUUUUCUGCUGCAUACGUGGUCUCCGAAGUGGGCCUGGCCAGGAAACACGGGUGCAGUCACAAAGCAGUAAUGCUCAUUGCACACGGGCUUGACACAGAGCACGUCCUGCUGGGUCCAAUGUCCAUGGUUUGUUCCUGAUCAGAGGAGACAGGAGCCAGAUUCAUCCUCCUGUGACCCUAAAGGCUCCUUGGAUCAUUCUGGAGGAGCUGCUGGGGACAACCAAAGCUGAGCAGCACCCAAACCGAGGGUCUUGGCUCUGCGGCACCAGCCCCCAACCAGCGCAGAGCAGCUGCGCCGGGGCUCUCGGAGCUAGAAGGGCUUUGCAGGCACCACGUCCCACUCCUCCCUCUGCGCUGUGCCCGGGCACAGGGGCUCUCGGGCGGAGCAGCCCCGGGCGGGGCCGGCCCUUGGAGGAUGUCCUGCGGCUCCCGGGGCCGCCCCCGCAGCAUUGACCCCAGCCCGCUGCUGCCGGGGCUGCUGCGCGUUGCUGCGAUACGCCUGUCAAUAAACCCUGUUUGGAUUGUGGA